GUUCGAUGCUAUCGCUCGUCAAAACCUUCCUUAGAGGCCUCUGUAACGUCUGAACGUCGAGGAGGACCGUCCGCUGGCCAUUGUACGCAUGCGGGAUGGGCUGAUCUCUGAUUGGAUAACAUGUCGUCGUGGAGACGUGUGCUUGGUACCCGACUUCUGGGUGAUCAAGGAGGCAAUAAUAUAAAAGCCUCACGUAUCGGGGUCACCAUCCUACUCCCCCUUCCCUCCCUUCGUUUCAACGUCGUUUCGUUCUUCUAUUUCGUCUUUCUUCUCCGUUCUUUUUUGCAGCUGUGCUGCCUGGCUCAUCAACUCUUUCUCUCUUCGCCAGUCCCGAGCUCCGCGCCGUUCACGCUCUUUCAUUGACUUCCGAGAAGUCCCGCUCAUUUCGCGUAUUUUACAUCAUGAAGCUUUCGAUUAUUCUCCUUGCCCUCCUUCCUGCCCUCGGCCAGGUCGCCGCGUCGGACCUGGGCGUCGAUAGCGGUCGCGCCGUCCGUCCCCGUCAGUUCGGCGGCGGGCAAUUCGGCGGCGGCUUUGGGGGUGGGUUCGGUGGUGGGAACAAUGGUGCCAACAACGCCGGCAACAAUGGUGGUAACAACGGUGGUAACAACGGCAAUAACGAUAAGAGCAACGGUAACAACAACAACAAUAACAACAAUGGCGGAAACAACAACAAUGGCAGUGCCGACGAUUCGUUAACGUUGGACCCCUCGGUCGUCUCGGAUGGCUUUGCACAGGACGGUAACAAUCCUCCGGCGGACGGGCAGGCCGCGUCGCUCACGUCGAAGAACAACUUCAUCAACUUCUGCGUCGGCCAGACCCUCACCAACGGCCAGCAGAUCGAGUCGGGCUCAUGUAACACGGCACCCAUCGGCCAGAUCCCCUCGACCGACAACAUGCCCUCCUCCAAGUUCGUCUUCCCGAAGAACGGCGACACCAUCGAGGCGAACCAGGCCUUUACGAUGCAGAUGGCGAUCAAGAACAUGAAGACGGGCACGUUCGUCAACCCGGACACGAACUACUUCGCGGCGCCCCAGCAGCUCGUUGGCGGCCAGAUCGACGGUCACUCGCACGUCGUCAUUGAGAAGCUGGACAGCAUGGACCAGACCACGCCCACUGACCCGAAGAAGUUCGCGUUCUUCAAGGGUUUGAACGAGGCAGCGAAGAACGGUGUUCUGACCGCCGACGUGACGGAUGGGUUGCCUGAGGGUGUCUACCGCAUGGGCUCCAUCAACGCUGCCGCCAACCAUCAGCCCGUCAUCGUGCCCGUCGCCCAGCAUGGUAUGCUGGACGACAUCGUGUACUUCACUGUCAAGAAGGGUGCCGGGAACGGUGCCAACAAUGGCGGGAACACCGGCAACCAGAACAACGGUGGUAACAAUGGUGGUAACAACGGGGCCAACAAUGGCGGCAACAACGGGGGCAACAAUGGCGGUAACAACGGUGGGAACAACGGCGCCAACAACGGCGGCUUCGGUGGCUUCGGCGGCGGAGGCUUCAACAACGGUUUCGGCGGCGGCUUCGGCGGUUUCGUCAAGACCGAUAAGUUCUCAAGAGAGGACUAAGUACCUUACCGCGCCGUCCCGAUCUCUAAUCCUGCCAUGACCAUGCCCGUUCCCCGCCUGUAUUCCGCUUCUUUUGCAUACCCGCCUGCUCGCCAUGGACGUUAUUGUUGACCAUGAACUUUCGGACAUUUGCUUUCGUAUUCCUUGUUGUACGCCGGCGACAGCUUCAUGUGUAUUUUUUACUCGAUUUUCUUUACAAUGGCGCGGAUCGGUGAAUAGAUAAUGAGUCAGCCAGCCUUGGGCGGGUUGAAUUUCGAACCA